AUGAAAGAUGAAUAACCAAAAGAAAUAAACUAACUGUAAAUUCUAAAAAUAAGUUUUUAACAAUCAAUAAAAAUAUUAUUAAAAAGAAAGAAUAAACUUUUCACUAGUUUACUUCAAAAAAUUAAUUAAUUUUAAUAUUAUAAAAAAGCAUGUAAUUAAUUAAUUCUUUUCAAAAAUUAUUAAUUAAAUAAAGAAUUAUCAUUCAUUUAAAAUAUUGAAUAGCCAAAAGUAAAAUCCUUCA